AAGAGCUUCUGAAUAACUUCGCUCAGCAGGUCGGUGCCUGGAGAUUCUGCCUCUAUUUCCUGUCGAGCACGAGAAAUGACUAUGUCAUGAUGUAUAGUUUAACAGUAUUUGAGAACCUGAUUAACAAGAUGUGGCUUGGGGUCCCAUCUCAGGAUAAAACAGAGAUUCGCAGUUGCCUGCCAAAACUUCUUUUAGCUCACCAUAAAACUUUGCCUUACUUCAUCCGAAACAAACUUUGUAAGGUCAUUGUGGAUAUUGGCCGGCAAGACUGGCCCAUGUUUUAUCAUGACUUCUUCACAAAUAUCAUACAGUUAAUCCAGUCCCCAGUGACAACCCCACUUGGGCUGAUCAUGCUGAAAACCACAUCCGAAGAGCUGGCCUGCCCACGGGAGGACCUCAGCAUCGCCCGAAAGGAGGAGUUGCGGAAGCUGCUCCUGGAGCAAGUUCAGAAUGUCCUUGGGCUCCUCACAGGUAUUUUGGAGAGCAUUUGGGAUAAAUACAGUGUUACGGCCGCCACCCCACCACCAUCUCCGACGUCUAGAGAAAGUGGUGAUCUCUUGAGUAGCCUGUUGCAGAGUCCCAGUGCAGCCAAAUUACUCAACCAGCCAAUCCCCGUCCUCGACUCAGAGAGCGAAUAUGUUUGUUCCCUGGCUCUGGAGUGCCUCGCCCACCUCUUCAGCUGGAUCCCUCUGUCGACUAGCAUCACCCCAUCCCUCCUCACCACCAUCUUCCACUUCGCCCGCUUCGGCUGCGACACCCGCGUCAGGAAGAUGUCCUCCCUCAACGGCAGCAGCCAGAACGCCUCCUCGAGUCACGAACGCGGCCAGCUGGGCGUGCUGGCUAUGUCUUGCAUCAACGAACUCAUGUCCAAGAACUGUGUGCCUGUGGAAUUCGAGGAGUACUUGCUCCGGAUGUUCCAACAGACCUUCUACCUCCUCCAGAAGAUCACCAAGGAGAACAACGCCCAUUCGGUGAAAAGCCGGCUAGAGCAGCUGGACGAGAGCUACAUAGAGAAGUUUACUGACUUUCUACGCCUUUUUGUGAGUGUCCACUUGAGAAGGAUUGAGUCCUACUCGCAGUUCCCUGUGGUUGAAUUCCUUGCACUGCUGUUCAAAUACACAUUUCAUCAGCCCACGCAUGAAGGUUACUUUUCCUGCUUAGACAUCUGGGCUCUGUUUUUGGACUAUUUGACAAGUAAAAUAAAGAAUCGCUUGGCAGAUAAAGAAGCCGUACUCAACAGGUACGAGGAUGCUCUGGUUUUGCUGUUGACCGAAGUCCUAAACCGAAUACAGUUCAGGUACAACCAGGCCCAGUUGGAAGAGCUGGACGACGAGACGCUGGACGAUGAUCAACAGACCGAAUGGCAGAGGUAUCUCCUUCAGAGCUUAGAAGUUGUGGCCAAAGUUAUGGAGCUUUUGCCAACUCAUGCCUUCUCUACGCUGUUUCCAGUGCUCCAGGAAAACAUGGAUGUGUAUCUGGGACUCCAACAGUUCGUUGUCACCUCAGGGACAGGUCACCGACUGAACAUCACUGCGGAGAACGACUGCCGGCGUUUGCACUGUUCUUUGCGGGACCUCAGCUCCUUACUACAGGCAGUGGGACGGCUGGCGGAGUACUUCACCGGGGACAUGUUUGCAGCCAGGUUCAGCGAUGCUCUUACUGUGGUGGAGAGGUUGGUCAAAGUGACGCUGUACGGGUCCCAGAUUAAACUCUAUAACAUUGAAACGGCGGUGCCAUCUGUACUAAAACCUGAUCUUAUUGACGUGUACAGGAGAAGCUCCUCUUGUCAGCCUGCCAUCUGCUCGUCUCCUUAGCCACCACUGUGAGGCCCGUGUUUCUAAUUAGCAUCCCAACCGUGCAGAAAAUGUUCAACAGGAUAACCGACAGCUCUGCUCAACGCCUUUCGGAUAAGGCCCAAAUCCUCCUGUGCAGAUCCCUGUCAAACAUCUUGCUCCUCCCGUGGCCAAACCUCCCGGAGGCUGAACAGCAAUGGGCCAUUCGUUCAACUAACCAUGCCAGCCUCAUAUCGGCCCUCACCAGGGAUUACCGCAGCCUGAAAUCCAGUGCCAACUUGCCCCAGAGGAAAAAUCAGCAGGACAAUACAAAGGUCCUCACCCACCGGACUCUCAGCGUCCUGGAAGACAUCGUGGAGAGCGUCUCUGGGGAAGCCACCAAAUCUCGCCAGAUCUGCUACCAGUCGCUGCAGGAGUCUGUCCAGGUCUCCCUUGCUCUCUUCCCAGCUUUCAUUCAUCAAUCAGACAUCACCGACAAAAUGCUCAGCUUCUUCCUGACCCUGUUCCAAAGUCUGAGGGUGCAGAUGGGGGUGCCUUUCACCGAGCAGGUGAUCCAAACAUUCCUCAACAUGUUUACCAGGGAGCAGCUGGCCGAGAGCAUCCUCCACGAUGGAAGCACCGGCUGCCGGGUGGUAGAGAAGUUCCUGAAGAUCCUUCAGGUGGUGGUGCAGGAGCCUGGCCAAGUCUUCAAGCCCUUCUUGCCAAAUAUCAUUGCACUUUGCAUGGAGCAAGUCUACCCGAUUGUUGCCGAGCGGUCAUCUCCUGAUGUGAAAGCUGAACUCUACGAGCUGCUUUUUCGGAUCUUGCACCACAACUGGCGGUACUUCUUCAAGUCCAACGUCCUGGCCAGCGUCCAGAGAGGAGUAGCUGAGGAGCAGAUGGAGAACCAAGCCCAGUUCUCUGCCAUUAUGCAGGCAUUCGGCCAGUCCUUCCUGCAACCUGACAUACAUCUGUUCAAGCAGAACCUGUUCUAUCUGGAGACUCUGAACACCAAGCAGAAACUGUACCACAAGAAGCUCUUCCAGGCGUCGAUGCUCUUCCAGUUUGUGAAUGUGCUGCUCCAGGUCCUGGUGCACAAAUCCCACGACCUCCUGCAGGAGGAAAUCGGCAUCGCCAUCUACAACAUGGCCUCGGUGGACUUCGACAGCUUCUACUCAGCUUUCCUCCCGGGGUUCUUAGCCGGCUGCGACAGGGUUGACACCAACCAGAAAAACGUCCUCGGGAGGAACUUCAAGAUGGACAGGGAUCUGCCGUCGUUCACCCAGAAUGUGCACAGGCUGGUCAACGACCUACGCUACUACAGACUCUGCAAUGAUAGUUUGCCCCCGGGGACCGUGAAGUUAUAGCCCGCGACGACGACGGACUUGACGUGUCCCUCUCCCGUUUAAGGAGUGGACCUGGUGUAGCCACUGCCUCUGUUCCUCCGAUCUCGGCGAGCCCUUCGGGGAUGCAGAGCGCCUCAACCCCCGUGCGGCUCAGGGCCCGGAGAGCAAAGGCCGGGCCCCUUCCUCCGUAUCUUCCUCCCAUCUCGACCUCACGGCUGAGUCAGCAGCUCUUUCCUCCCGCGGGGGGACUCGGAAACCCGGAGACCGGCCAUUCUCCCUCCCCUCCCCACACCCCGGCUGGGUGUUUUGUGUCUUAAUACCGUGGCAUUGAUUUAAGUCUACAGGUUUUCGGUGACUCGUCUUGUGCAGCCAUCACGAGGCGGAAACACCACCAAGUCUACUUGAGGGGGUCUUCCCACCUUCAUGCCAUUCCACCUGCUGCCCUCCCUUCCCCCCGUCGCUGAGAGGACCGAUACCCUCCUGCCCUCAGUCCUGUUUUUACAAUGCCUUGAACCCUCCCUUCCCUUGGCGAUUCAAAGAGGAAGCGAGAGAGAGAGAGAGAGAGAGACCAACAGACUGACUUCUGUUUCUUUUAUGAUUAUUUUUUAAAACUGUGGGUUUUGUUUUUAUUUUCCUUGUCAUUCCAUUGUGAUACUAAAACUGCUUCAUGGAAAUAAAAAAAA